AUGUUCCCUGUAACUCAUCAGGUUUAUAUCAUCCUUCUUUCCACCAGCAAAUCCCAGGAAGAUACAAUGAGACCUCAGGAAAUUCAUCUAUCAAUCACUGAAACCCUAUGGGAACAGGUGCUGAUGGCUUUUAAGGAUAUACAAAAGGAGCUGCAGGAAGACGCUCAGAUCCGAGGUAUGAGCAAUUGCUCCAAGACACCCAUGUCAUCUGCAUCCAGGAUUGGAAGUAUCAGGCCUCCAGUUUCCUGGAUGACCCCGAAAUUGAGACAAUCACUGUCCAGCAGUAGAGAGCAGCCCUCAGGAGGCUCUGCCCAUGGCUUAAGGACCCAACUCUCCAAACAGUUGGCUUGUGACCCUGGACCCUAACUCUAUAA